AAUGAGUGACCCUAAAACAAGAAUGAGAAAUACAGAGUGCUUGUUAACAACAUAGAACAAUGACAGAAGCAAAGGAAGCGAAAAAUGUGCCAAAAUUAGAUUGCAGUAUUUGUUUAAGCGCUUUCAAAAGGCCAAAACUUUUACCAUGUUACCAUACGUUUUGUCUGCAGUGCCUGGAAGAGUACUGUACGUACUUAGAAAUGGUCGGGAAGGAAAAUUUGAAUGUCCACUAUGUCGUGUUAGUACAGUAAUACCGGUGGAUGGAGUGAAGGCUUUUCAGUCCAAUUUCUACAUACAGAUUGGAGAUAUGUCGAGCAAUGAAAUGGACUGUGAUAUUUGUGGCAGUGGACAUGAUGCAAUUCAUUACUGCAUUGACUGCGAGGAACAUUUUUGUGACAGGUGUGCAACUGCUCACAUGAAAAUGAAGGUCUCGCGUGAACACAAACUGUUACAGUUGGAUAACUGCAGUGAGGAAGCAGGUAUUAACACUCGUAAAAUACAGAAAAAGUCUUGCUGUCCUAGACAUACUGGAGAAGAAAUCAAGAUGUUUUGUAAAGACUGUAACUCACUUCUCUGCGUUGUUUGUAAGUUAACUGAACAUGAAAACCAUAACACAUUGAGCAUUGCCGACGAGGUACACGAGAGACGAGCCAUACUGUCAACUAAGCUUGCAGAGACAAAAAGCAUAGUUGACAAACUGAAGACAGAUAUUUCAACAACAGACAAUUUUUUAACAAAAAUUGAUAAGAACCAGGAAUCUGACAUUGCUGACAUAAAUAAACGAGUAGAGUCUGUAAUUGCAAAACUUCACGAGAAUGCAGGCGAAUUGAAACAAGAGAUAGUAGAAAACAACAAAAAGGCAAAAUACUACUAUUUACAGGAACAAAAAGACUUGCAAAGCAAAAUCAUGGAAGGUCAAGGAAUUAUUGAUCAUACCCAGAAUAUUCUUGAUUUUGGAGAUGAUAGUCAGGUUUUGGACGCGGGACUUCAUGCAAAGAUGGAGUCACUUAUAUCAAGAAAAUGUUUUCCACUGGAAGAUUAUGAACAUCUGACAUUUAAGGCGGAUGUAUCAAAUGUACACAUUAAUCUUAUUGGACAGAAUGUUUUGAUGAAUAAGACACACAUUGCGCGUAAACUAAAUGAGAUAACUGGGACUAUAUCCGAUAGCAAACACGCACAUACCAUUUCGCUGUGUUCAGAUGGACUGUUUGCAGCAUUCUCCGACUAUUACAAGUUAUAUUAUCACAACUUGAAAACAUCUAAAGCAGAAGGAUUCCUUGAACUGGACAAAAAAAAGGACAGAUGUUUAGAUUUGAAGAUCAUUAAAGGUGGCGUAUAUUUUACAAGGGACCUGUCCUUGUACAAAUUUGAUAUAAUGGAAAGGGCUACUACAGAGUUGAAGACUUUCGAUGAAUACCCACACAGCAUAGCUUAUAUACCCUUUGACAGGAAAGUAUUGAUCUGUCUGCUGAAUAAUCCAGAAGUAUUUCCAUUAGAAGUAUGUGCAGGUUGUGUGAUUUCUAUGAAUCUAGUAGACUAUAAACAUUAUGUAUGGAAAAAGAAGGAGACACCUGGCCCUACAUGUGUAGCUGUAAACGAAAAUGACGGAACAGUGUGUCUUGCAUAUCCAGCCGCUCACAAAGUAGUAUUACAUGCACCAAAUGGGGACAUUUUAUCAGAGUUCACUGGCGUAGGAUUUUCUGGUAACCCGGAAAAGUUUUGUCCUGUCAGCGUUUGCUUUCACAAAAAAAUGCUGCAUUAUUAUUGCAGACUACGGAAAUAAUGCUGUGAUAAGGAUCAGCAUGCUUGGUAGUUACGUGCAGUGUCUGAUUGACGAGGAGGCGCCUAUGUGUGUGGCAUUUUCAGAAGAAGACCAACUGUUCGUAGGAUAUAGUAAGAAACACAUUACCAGCUAUGUUCUUACUGACUAGCUAGUAUCUUGCAGCUCACUGAAAUAUAUGGCGUGAAUUCGUAACACAAGCGGUUAACAGUUUUCUUAACAAAACAUUGCUGCAUUAUUGUUUAAUACUAUGGAAAUCAUGCAGUAGUUAUGAUUAAAAUUUCUGGAAGACAAUAAAAUUUUCAUUGAGGAGGAGGUGGCAUGUAGAAAAUUGCCAGAAAAAAACAUCACUCUGUAUCUGAAUUUCCUCAGCGACUAGUGCAUAUUAAUACCAAUAUAUAAACAAUAAAGCACUUCAGUAUUUAGUGUCAGUUUUGUCACUGUAUAUAGAUGUACAAAAUAAAUAGCAUUAUUGUGUUUUAUCAGUGUAUUACAAUUUAAUAAGUACAGUGAAAAGCUUGGAAAAAGGAUCUAGUUUUUGAGAUUUUUCAGGAAUUUGUAUUUAGCAUAAAAGUAAAUUAUUUGGUAAGAAGAUAAUGUAAGAUACAUUACGGGCAAAUUUUGAAAAUUUUCAUGUGUGAAAAUGAACUGGAAGAGUUAUCAAGAAAAUAAUUAUAUAUCGUCUGUGUAGAUUUCUGUGUGGUAAAACUGAUGAAAAACUUCACAUUUGAAAAGACACUUUCCAGUUAAAUGCUCAUUGACAUAUUUUAAUAAAUAUUAUGCUGUACUUCAUUUACCCGAGGAGUAAUAUAUCGGACGUCAUGCGGCAAUUUGACGUCAUUUUUGAUGUCGUAAUACUCUCUUACCGGUCCGCGCUUCAACCGUUGUUUGUUGCAGAAUAUACAGAGUGCGAUUUCCUUCUUUGUUUAACUGGAAAUCAAAUCGAGUCACGUUAGAAUUGAACAUAAUUCAUAGAUUUUUUUUUAUUUUAAAGCAAAUGAAGGCUGAUUUUACAAUAUAGGAAUUUUCGAAAUACUUCAUUCAGAAAGGUUUUCUACAUUUUAUGUGUUUUAAAAAAACAAUACAAUGCCUUUAUUUUCUUGCAUAAUGUUCUUACAUUUCAGUACUUCCAGCCUAUGAUUCUGCAAACAGAUAGGUAAUAAAACAGACAUACAA